AUGGAGAACUCAACAAGGCAAGAUGUUAAAAUAGAACACCUAACUUUACCAAAUAGUUCCAAGCUUCCUCGCGAUCAGGUGGUAGUUUGCAUUCAAGGAUUGUUAAGAGAGUUACAUUCCCUAUCAAAUGAGUGUUGUAUCUACAGAGUUCCUGAGGUGAUUCGUAAGGUCAAUGGAGAAGCAUAUACACCAAAACUAGUGUCAAUCGGUCCUCUUCAUUGCUACAAUGCCUGCCUACAAACCAUGGAAGAGCACAAAUCAAGGUACUUGGAGAUUUUUAUUCAACGGACUAGCGUGGGUGUCGAGGGUUGUGCUCAAGUUGUAAGGAACUGUGAGGGAAGAGCCCGCCCUUGUUAUGCAGAAGCCAUUAAACUGAGCAGUGAUGAGUUUGUUGAAAUGAUUUUAGUGGAUGCUUGUUUCAUCAUUGAGUUUCUUUUGAGGUUUUACUUCUCCCUAUCAACACUAAGGAUGCAUGAUCAGAGUGACUACAUAUUUGGAAAAGAUUGGUUCCUCAAUUAUGUGGGUGAUGACUUGAUAUUGCUUGAGAAUCAGCUUCCACUCUUUGUUCUUGAGGACUUAUUUAGUUUAGUGUCCACAAAUAAUAUCACCAAUGACAUUGAAUCAGAGGAAGAAAGGCCUUCCAUUGUCGACCUAGCUCUUUAUUUCAUUGAGGAGAAAUCGCAUAUGCUUCUGAGUCAUCAUCCUUCUGAUAGUAAUAAUAUUAACCUUAGCGGUUGCUAUGGUUAUACUGCAAGCCCUCGCUUCCAAGAAAGGAACGCAAUGGUAGAGCGGUACAACUGGGGGCAGCAACUGAGUACUCACCAAGUGCAACAAGGCUCCUAGAGGCUGGAAUUAAGUUCAAGAAGGGGGAAAGCUGUAGCUUAUCCGACAUAAAAUAUCUUUCAGGUGGAGUUGUUGAAAUUCCGCCAAUGACAAUCGAGGACCGAACAGAAUUCGUGUUCCGAAAUCUCAUUGCCUAUGAGCAAUGUCAAGGCAAAGAUGAUUACAUCACUGAGUACAUGACCCUACUAGUUGAUAUCAUCAAGACCACAAAGGAUGUGGAGCUGCUUGUUCGCCAGGGGAUUAUCGCCAAUGCAGUGGGAUAAUCGUUUGACAUCUCCACACUUUUUAACAAUAUCGGCUUCGGGAUCAUCGUUUGCCCCAAGAUCUAUUAUUCUCAACUUUGUGAAAAAUUGAACGCGUACUGCAGGACCCCUUGGCACAUGUGGAAGGCUACUCUGCAGAGGGACUACUUCAACACGCCAUGGACAGUUUUUUCUACCAUUGCAGCAGUUGCACUUCUAACCCUUGCUUUCAUACAAGCUCUCUGUUCUAUUAUAUCCCUCCAUGGACAGCGUGAGAAUCUUCAUUUUUACUUUCAUUAAUUUUUUACAUUCUACCUUUAAAUGGAUAUGUAUGUAUAAAAUUCAAAGGUUCUAUUUAUAAUUGAAAAAAAUCAAUCAGCAAACUAUUUUU